CUCCACGAUCUAUUCAUCUUACAGCCGUGACGACCGUCAGGAAUAAGCUAAGGUGGUUCAGCGAUACAUCUAGUAGAAUCAACUUCAAGACCAAUCGUAAAUCAGUAGCGCAGUAGAGUUCGUACAUGUAAUUGCAAUCGACACAGUCUCGACGCAUUAAGUUAUUAGUACGUUAUGGCAACUUCGUACGCUUUAUAGAAUGAAUCAGAGUAGUAGCUCGUCAGCUUUUUGUCUUAUAAUUUAGUCUGUCAAUGAUAUACUCGUUAUGAUUUGUUAUUUUUUACUGACUCACCACGACCAUCUCACUAAGACUCAAAAAUCCAAACGCGUACUAUAUUUCUUAAAUAUACGACUACUACCACAGCAAUAGUGCGAGCAAGUUUUUAAUAGUGCCACAAAGGGGAAAAAGCAACUAACUAGCACCGAGCAUCAAGUGCAUACGCCUGCACUUGGUACGACAAUCAGGACCAUAGAACUAAGCAUAGACGAGCUACUAGUUACCACAACUGUAAAGC